ACACGGAAACGACUCGCACAGGUAGAAACAGGUACAAACUUACACCUGGGUAAAUAUGGAGGAAAAGGGUUCGCUAAUACAAUUAACAGAAUCCAACAGAAGUUACCACAGUAUUGACCCGGAACUGAAUGGUGCUAUCAAUGGUGACGUCAUAAACUCUGGUCAGCAUUGUCAUGGCAACGUCAGCGAGAAGAGGCUUGAUACCAAAGCGCGGAGAACUUUAAUAAUCGCCAGUUUGUUGUGUUUGGUGUUCAUGGUGGGAGAAGCUCUAGGAGGUAUUCUUGGUAACAGCUUGGCCAUUUUGUCAGACGCAGCUCACAUGUUGACGGACUUCGCCAGCUUUAUGAUCAGUCUCUUGGCACUGUACUUAGGAUCGAGGCCAGCAACUAAGAAGUUGAGUUUUGGCUGGUACCGCGCAGAAAUCAUCGGAGCGCUGGUGUCCGUCCUGUUCAUCUGGGUGGUGACGGGAAUCCUGGUGUAUGUGGCCAUUUUGCGGAUUGUAGAGGAAGAUUACGAAAUAGACGCCACGAUCAUGAUGAUUACAGCUGCCUGUGGAGUUGUCGUCAACCUGGUAAUGGGCCUAACAUUACACCAGCAUGCUCACGGUCACGGACACUCCCACAGCUCAGGAGAACACUCCCACAGCUCAGGAGAACACUCUCACGGAGACAGCCACAGUGUGGAGAAUUGUAUAGAAGAGAGUGGUGCUACUCCUAAAGUAAAACACAAGACAAAUGUUAAUGUGCGGGCAGCGUUUAUUCACGUCUUGGGGGACCUCAUACAGAGUGUUGGUGUUCUUAUAGCUUCAUUUAUUAUAUUUUAUAAACCAACAUGGAAGAUAGCAGACCCAAUCUGUACAUUUGUCUUUUCUGCGUUUGUGUUGGUCACAACAAUCACUAUUCUCAGGGACAUUCUCAGGGUGCUCAUGGAAGGUACACCGAAGGGAAUAAGCUUUAGUGAUGUAAAAAUGUCAUUUUAUGCAAUUCAAGGCGUCAAAGAAGUGCAUAAUUUGAGAGUAUGGUCGCUCACUAUAUCCAAAACAGCUCUGUCCGCUCAUAUUGCUGUUGAGAAAGGCAUAGAUCCUCAUGCUGUGUUAAAACAGGCAGCUGCCAUGGUACAGAGGAAAUAUGGUAUCACAGAGUCUACACUGCAAAUCGAGGAGUUUGUCAGUGAAAUGUUAGACUGUAAGGAGUGCCAGGAUCCUAAAGAUUGAAAGUGAUCCUUAACUGAACGUUUAGACUAUAGACAGUGUCCGUAUCCAGAGAAGUGAAGAUGAUUCUAAAGUGUCAAGAUCCUAACGAUUGAAAACUGAAAGUGAUCCUUGGUUGAACGUUUAGACUGUAGACAGUGUCCGUAUCCAGAGAAGUGAAGGUGAUCCUAUGUGUCAAGAUCCUAACGAUUGAAAACUGAAAGUGAUCCUUGGCUGAACGUUUAGACUGUAGACAGUGUCCGUAUCCUGAGACGUGAAGAUGAUCCUAAGUGUCAAGAUCCUAACGAUUGAAAACUGAAAGAGAUCAUUUGCGGACGUGAUAGAUAUAGUGUGUCAAUAUCCUAAACCUUCCC